AUGCCCGACCCGAUUCCGUGCGCGCGCGCGCGCGAACAGCGCGAACGCUCGAAAGACGUGUGCGAUGACAUCACGAACGCGGUGGAACAUUACGCCGCCGAAGGGUUCGACGCGCUCGAGUCGUGCUUGAACGAGGAGACGGACCCGGAUGAGCGCACGAAGGCGGCGUUUAAGCACGGUUUGGACGCGCUGUACGCGAAGCUGCAGUUGAAGAUUGGCGACAACUUUAAUCGGUUCUGUUCGCACGCCAAAGCGGCGUGCUUCGCGAUUCCGAGCGAAGUGAUUGAGUAUGAGUCGCGCGUGGAAGAGAUUGACGCGCUGCCGAGCGUGAGUGAAGAGGAGGAAAGCGCGUUGGACGGGGAGUUGCGCUCGCUGCGAGCGCGAAUCUCUCGAGCGAGGGCGUUGAAGACGACGAGUGAAAAGGAGUGUAAGGCGUUGGACAAGGAGUUAGAAUCGCACGUUGAAGUUGUUGGUAGAAUUCAAGCCAUCACGGCGGCGGUUGGUAAGGAAAACGCGCGAGUGAAGGAGGGACUGAACGCGGCGGGGGCAAUCGUGCACACGGCGAAGCAGUUGCAACCGUUGUUGGCGCAAGCCGAAGCCAUGCAGCGUACCGGCGGUUUCAUGCCUGAGCGCUCGACGAGUAUCGAUCCGGUGGUGAUGGCGAAUAACGCGGUGAAGCAGCACUUCAUUCAAGGGAGCUCUUUGAGCGUGUUGCGUUCGCUCAACGCCAAGCUGAGUUCGCAAGUGACGGCGUAG